CUGGCUUACCAUAAUGCCGUCCAUUAAGGACUGCAAGCGGGCUCUGGUCCACGGCGAGCUUGCCCAAUUCUUCAACAAACAUGACAAUAAUACCCAAGACGGGUUUGUCACCAGACUGGACAGCACGUAUCAAACGCACUGUAUUCUACCGGGCAUUGGUCGUAAACACCGUCAUCGCCAUCGUACUAUCAGCCUUGGUCGCCCUCACCAUCCUGCAUGACCUUUAUGAGCCUUACCCGAUCUCCCUACAUACUGCCUCCAUCGCAACCCAACGGAUUCUCGUCCUGUCGGCCAUCGCUGUCCUUGUGCGGUCAACGCUCGCUCCGUUCUUCCUUGGAGAAUGCCUUCUCCGCAUUAAAUAUCAUUUCCGAGACUCUGAGAUCAUCAUUCGACGGCUACCGCGAGGUCUAAUGGGAGCUGGCGGCCACGAUGAACACGACCUCCAAUCGCUCUGCACGAACGCAGCCCGCUCCGUCGAUCCGGCGCUUCUAUACUCCAAUUUGAGGUCAUUCUUUUCUCGGGAUUACUGGACCAUGGAGUACGGCGCUGUUAUGGACGCCUACAGUUCCAUCUCAGUGGGCGAGUUCACAGAGGAAGAUUUCGAAUUUUCCAUCUUGAAACGAGACGACAGUGGGCACUGGAAUGUCUACGAACUAUGGCGUAUUCAUGGUGUUGCGACGGAGAAGCAGGAACGUGUCUAAAGCCUGCGGAGCCUUCCUUUCUCUGCGGAUUCUUGACAGGUUCAUAGCAUUCGAACCUUUCCGACUACCACGUCAGGAUUGUCAUAAAUAGUAUCGAUAUAUCAUUCAUCUCCAUCCUUUGACUGGCUGCGCAGUCCGGGGUGGUGGUCAUUUCUACG